AUGUCAUCUUUGUAUGGAAGCCAGGUGCCCUGGCCAGAACUGCCUCCGCCGCAAUCUGCGCAACCACGCUCAUUAUUAUUUGGAGGCCUAAGCAGUGAUGCCGGUUUGCAACCAUCUUCUCAGCCCGAACCGCCAAGAAGUUCUAUUUUUGGAGGCCCCAUUCAGGAAGAAUCCCCUCUAGAGCCUAUUUCCGAAGCAGAUCUCAUGGAUGAGGCGCUAGACCAAGACGAAAAUGAAUUUGACAUGAUAAUGCGGGAACGGCCCUUGGCGUUCCAGGAUGACUCUGAUGACGAAAGCUAUGAGGGGGAUGAGCGUGGCAGAAGGCGCAUACGCUCCAAAAAAUUGCGACAAUUGCAGCAGUCUCAGCUUGACCCAAUUUACUACGUAGUUGACCGAGGUCUUGACCUGCCACCUGGGGUUGAGCGUCCCAAUUUGUUUGAAGGAUGCGCUACUACGUGGAGGAACUUCAACGCCGAUGAUAUCGGAGCCUAUAAUGCGAUGGUUACUCACAGAACCAGAGAUUUGGCUGCUCACCUUUACAAUGCCCACGCGUUUCGCAGGCGAGCGCGGGACCCUGCUCGGAAAACCCUUGAAGUCCCUAACAGCGCGCCACUGCGUAUAAACAAGCGAUGGGCUGCAUGGCCUGUUCAUGCAGCCAGAGUUCCCCGCCCCAGCGAGAUCAUCCGGAAGCGCAUGGAUGCCCCUGGUAGGAUGCAAAUGCAACAUGAUUCCCGACCCAGUGCGGAAUUAGAAGAAUGCAUCACAGCUUUCAUACUGAAGACGUCCAAGGAGACUUUCCAAGCUCGAGAGUUGGAUUUUGAAGAAAUUGAAGAUAACUCUGGGAAGAAGAUGGACGACGGCGAUGAAGUGAUGGAGGAUGAAUUGGACAAAAAGGAGGACGACGAAGAAGAGACUGUCGAUGCAAGAAUCCUCCGGCCGACAGUCCUACUCGACGAUGACCAAUCCCUUCGCCAAUUACGUCCGCUGGUCCGCAAUGUCAUCUCACAGGUAGACCGACUGUUAUUCGGGCUCCAUUGCGCCAUGAAGGGUCGCAAGUAUGAGGAAGACUCUGGUGACGAGCAAUGGAGUGAAUCGGACGAAGAAGACGACCAGACUCGAGAGAGCCGCAAGCGAAGAAGCAGGAGUCGAUCACGAGGUCGGAGAAGUGUUCGACGAGGGUCUCAGGAACAGGAAAUAUCGCGCCGUCUCAACAGCACACGUACACCCACUAGACUGGAGACGGAAGAUGAAAACUUACCUGAUGUUUCCCAAACCCGAGCGCAGUCACGUGAAUCCACUACUGGUAUCAGUAGCAAUCGUCACACCAAAGGCCGACUCAAAUUGCGAGAUUGGAGUGAAGUUAUGGGACUGGCGUCAAUGAUGGGCCUCCCUGAUUCUGCGGUAAUGCGCGCGUCGAAGCGAUGUGCCGACCUGUUUGGCGAAGACAUGGAAUUCCGGAUAAUGCCCGAAGGCAGAGUCAAAAAGAGGAGAACGGCAGAUGCUCGAGAACAAUAUGUCUACACCGAAAGCGAGAGCGACAGUGACUCGGCACCACCAAGUUCUCAGCCAACCCCCCGGCCAAGCCACAAGCGCAAAACCAUACCUGGACUUGAGCCAGACGCCAAGGCAAAGACACCAAGCCAGCAACGCUCGAGGUCACGCAAGACUCCUACAGUCGUUCUUACAUCCGCGUCCAUAUCUCCAGCCCCGGAGGUGCUGUCGGAAUCAGCGAGACCUACUGCAGGAAACACAGAAUCUGCUGCUGGCCAGGAAGCAAGGCCGGUCAAACCAGGCGUUGGAAAGGGUGCUCAUCGGAAAGUGGAUAUUAUCUGUCCUAUCAGGUCUUGCAAUCGACAUACGAAUGGGUUCUCGCGAAAAUGGAACCUCAACCAACAUUUGAAAAAGUCUCAUGGUAUACAAGUUAAUCCUGGGAAUGAAGCCUCGGCUGAGCGGGAUACUCAAGUUAUCAUUAUCGAAUAG